AUGGCGUUUGCGCUGACGGCUCGUGCUCGACUUGCUAGCCACAGCCUCCGAGGGGUUAUGCAAUAUUCAGUGAAACUUCGCAUAACCAACGCAAACUUCUCGGGCUGCUCUUNNNNAUUCCUGGGGACUCUCGAGGGCUUCGGAGCCCCGGCUUCCCCUACAAAAUGUUCACUGCUCUCUUCCCUUCCAGCCGACGCCUGCGACAAAUCCAAGUCAUCGCACAGCGUGUUGAUCACUGGUUAUGGGGAGGAUAAAGACGGCACCAAAUAUUGGGAGUUCAAGAACUCCUGGGGCACGGAUUGGGGGAUGCAGGGCUAUGGUAGACUGCUCCGUGGAAAAGGUGGCAAAGGUGAAUGUGGCAUCCUGAAGCAAGCUUACUAUCCCCUUUUGAAGGACGACCUCGAUCCUGGCGAGCUGUGUGU